CAGCUUUUGAAAGUUGUCAACAGAGAAGAAGAAGAAGAGGAAGAAGAAGAGGAAGAGGAGGAAGAGUAGAGGAGAGAAGGAGUAGCGGAGAGCGCGGCUACUAACGGACAGAGAGCUCUGAGCACCGGCAGGAGGAGGAGGAGAUGGGCUGCAGCCACAGCAAGAAGAAAAGCAAAGGCAAGAAGGGAGAGAAGAACCAGACAGACAAGAGCCGCCGAGAUGAAGGAGGUAAACGUACGUCAGGUGAGCCGGACGUCACUCUGCAGAAGCAGCUGGAGCGUUUCGAGUGGCAGCUGAGGAUUUUAAAGGAGGCCAACGGGAACCCGGAGAGGGCGGAGCUGCUGAGAGACCACGCCGAUGAAGACGUGUGCGCCCUCGUCCUGAGCAUCCUCAAUAAGGUGAAAACAGAGACGACGGCUGAUUUGAACAUCCUGCACGAACAGAAAAGUAAAUCUGUGACUGAAGAACACGAGAGAAACGUGGAAGCGCUGCAGAAGAAACACGAACAAGAGAAAACUCAACUGACUGAAAAGUUUCAGGCUGCUGAGAACGUCCUCAAGGGUGAAGUGGAGCAGCUGACUGCAGAUCUGCAGGUUUAUAACGAGCUGAAGAGGAGAGUCAAAGAGUCGACGUUUAAGAAGGACCUGCAGAGAAAUAUUAAGGCCCAUGGCAGCCCAGGUGCAUUCUGGGAGUCUGAGCAGGAGUCUCUGCUGUUUGUGAUUGAGAUGAAGAGUGAGCGAGUGCAGGAGCAGAGCAGGAAGCUGCAGCAGAUGGACGAUCUGGUGGAGAAGAAUUUGUUGUUGGAGGAUCAGAUCAUUCACACCCUGCAGCAGAACGAGGAUCUCAGAGUCCGGAUAGACAACAGCCAGACUUUCAUCCAGCAGUUAUCAAAGGAGCAGCAGGACCUGAAGGUGGCGCUGGAGAGGCAGGCCGUGAUAAACCAGAAUCUUUCUCAGGAAAAAGAGCAGCUGAUGUUCAAACUGAGACACAGAGACUCGUGUCCGACCAUCCACCUGCCCGCCAUGAUGCAGGAGAUCGCUCCCAGAUGAUCACGUGACCACGCGUGUCACUCGAUGUAGAUAGGAAACAGACUUGUAAUUAUUCACAAGGUAGCAUGCAGUCGGUCCUGGUUUACCGCUCAGUAUUGGGCUGCCGGUCCUACCGAGCACCUGGCUGUUAACAGGAAGCAUCGUCACAACUUCCAGGGUUUUUAAUGGAUCCACGAGACCGGAUGUUUCCCAUUUUAUCCUGCAACUCCACUGGUAAAUGUUCUUCUGCUAGCAUGCAGCUGAGCGGGUUUACAGCUGAACAACAAGGGCUUCAAAAUGAGUCCGGACCCACGUCAGUCCCUGAAGUAGCAUCGCAUCAACUCGGCUACACCAGCGACUGUAAGCUGCUUCCUGUGUGAACACGCUGUAUUGAGCCAGACAACAGUUUGGACCUCAGACCAUCCCGGCUAACUAUGCAGAGACUCACAUAAUGACCGAUCAUGUCGACUUAAAUCUUCGGAUCUUCUGGUUUCCAAGCUAGCAGACAUCCGACCCGAUUUACCUCAAAACCUCUGAGGGUUCAAACUGGACGAGUCGUCACUCAAAGCCGACUCCACGACUCCAUGGAGGAGGCCAGACGUCUCUGUGUCCCGGGGAAAAUCCUCAAAUCACAUCAAUUCAUGCCGGAUAAAACCAGUCUUUCUCCACUGGCACUCAAAUUAUAGUUAAGAGAUGAACGGAGAGCGCUACCGAUCCAGUCCUGAAGUCAUACAGCUUCAAGAAGCACUUGAGUUGGUUUUGUGUUCCACUUAAUCUUGGACGUCCAGUUCAGGUACUUGACGGUUCAAACCAUCGAGGGUUCCUCCGAGAACUACCAGAUUUUUUAAAGAAAGUACAAUCAGUGUUACAUAAAUGGAUUCUUCAAGUGUCCCCUAACUGUUCCGAUCUUAAGAUCCUCCCAAAGGUAUCGCAGGUUCCCAUAAAGGGUGUGUAAGUACGACGCAGUCUCGCAGGAAGGCGCAUAAAUACCACGACAUUACACGGACAAAACACAUCACAAACGUCAAUGAAAAACGUGACAAUCGUCACUAACGUAGUCGGUCAACAAUGGUAUCGAACACGGGUCUCUUGGUUAAAAGUCCGGUGUUUGUUGGGCCCAUCCACCUCCCCCCAUUUUCUCUCUUGUUAUACAACGUCACUAACUCUUACCGUAGCAUUAAUACGCAGAUACGUUCAGAUUGCAGUCAGUACAGGAUACAUGGCGUACAAAUGAGAUGCGGAAAUCAAGAAAGGCGUACUCAUUGCACGCUAAACACCUUGCUAAGGAGUCAAUAACCAUCACAAUCAAACACAAUUUUAAGUGAUCCAUAAAGAAUUCCCUUUGAUUGGGCCUUAAGGAAAAACGUCAUGGUUCGGCUUAAAAUAAAAACGUAAACUAAGUAAAACACGUACAGAAACAACUACGGAAACAACGUCAUGAACGUCAGUAAAAAACAAUCAUCACUGACGUAUUUUAACCGGUCGACAAAGGUCUUGAACGAGGGUCUCUUGGUUAAAAGUCCGGUAUUUGUGUCGUGGCAUUUAUAGGCCUCUUUCGUGCGAACAGGCUGGUAAAUGUCCACCGGAGGUUGUUGUGAGGACCAAGGAGUCAAUAACCGUCUUAGAGAUCCUCACAAUCAAACACAAUCCUAAGUGAUCCAUAGAGGACCCUCGCGGGUUUCCAUACGAUUGCAAACUAGUUCAAGUUCAAGUUCAAGUAUUGUUGAUUCACGAACCUAUCAACAAACUAAACAAAGCCGAACUGAAACGCUCCCACUCAACUUUUAUCAUCUGAUUUUUCUAGGUCUGUUCAGACCGGAAGCCAAAUGUUUUGUCUUUCUAUUGUUGUCAGGUAUUUUCCUGUUUGUGUGCCUUGCUUCAGGUUUCUCAUUCGUUAUCACAAACUGAUGUUAUUGGUUGCUGGAGUCAGCUGACACAUUUUAAUAUAGUUAAUAUUGCUGCUGUCGGGGAAGACACCACUUCACUUUCAGCAUCAAGUGUAUAUUGAGUAUUCAGGAGCUGAAAAACCGCAUUGAGCCCUUUUUAUGUUUUAUUUCAGAAUCAAACAUUUUCUGUAUUUCUGUUUCAGCAAAAUUAAUCUUAGUAGUUUAAGCAUACUAGCGUCUUGGCUCAAGGUGUGCCGUGAUAACGUAAGAACUCUAACCUGCUAAAACACGUCACCAUACACAGUGGAAGCAUGUAACUGUUCACAUGGCAAACCACUGAAUGUGACAUCCAUGUCUCGACAUCCAUUAGUCAGCAAAACGUUUAACAUAUACCGUUAGCAUGUUAGCGUUCAGCAAAAUUACAGCAGCAGCUCAGAAUAGUAAAAGUGUAGUCCGGUGUUUUAGCUCCAUUAGUGGUAAUAAAUCUUACAUUACAGUGUUUUAAAACAUUUCACCCAUCAUAGUAUUUUGUUUUCAGGUGUGUAAUGAGCAACGCAUGGUGACGUAGUUAGCUUCAGUCUUGAGGAGUUAGUUAGCAGGCUACUGUGGUUAGAUAACGGAUUUUAUGCUCGCUAGCCGCUAACAAAUGGUAAAUGGUGAAUGACAAUCUGGCAAUAGCAAGUUACAAUAGCUCACAAUGUUUUCUACCAGUUAGCUAAGAACCAGCUAACAAGCCAGCUAGUUAGACAAUCAGUUUAAACAGAUAACUCUUAUCAGACGACUCGUUUUAUACUUCAGCAAAGCAGAGUAUUGUACGAAGUGACUCCGCGAAUGUGAUCGCUUCCGCCAUUUAGUUUCUUUCACUUCCGUGACCGAGUCCACUAAUCGCAGUAUUUACAUUUAACAUAACAGUGAAAUGAUUUAGGUCAGAAAUGUUUUAAAUUGAACUGCUUGUUUACUGUCAUAGAGGUUUCCAUAAUGUUUAGCUUUACAGUCACAGAUCAAUAAUCACUGUAUUCAUCUUGCCUUUAAAAAGCUCGAUAACUGUCAGAUAAAUUGUGUUGCGUUACUUUUUAAAGAUGUGAAUUAUUGCCAUGUUGUUAGUAUUGUUUUUGUUAACGUGAGGAUGGUUUUAUGGGAUGUGACGUUUGUAUUGCCAAAAAAACAUUUGUCAGUAUUUUGACAACUCUUUCUCCUUAUGCACUAGCACUUUGACCAGUAUCUUACCAGGGGGUUGUAUAAGAGAGAUUGUUUUCUUCCAUGUUGUAUAGAUUUUAAUUUUUUUUUGGCUUCUUACGUGUAAAAACUUAUUUCAUCUUUUCUUGGUUGGAUUUAAAUCCAGCGUUUUGUUUUUCCUUUUUGUUUUUGGCUUGACUAAAUAAAAAGCUGCAACUAAAA